ACUGCUCCGUGUGACAGUGCCGUGUUUGUUUUCCUUUCUCAGGGGCCAGUGGAACACAUGUCAGUGGCUUUUGCUUCUUCAGCCACAGCUGCUCAGCCUGCUUGCCUCCUUUCGGUUCAGAUAGCACAAUCAGAUAGUGGCCACAUAUCAUUACGGGAAGCUCUUAACCAAUUCAUGGAUCUUGUUGGCACAGUUGGGGUUCGGAGAAAGCAAGAGAUGCAGAGAGCCUAUAAUAUGCUGGUAUGGCCUCGCAAGUGCAAGUCUUUUCCCCCCACACUCUCCAGUCAAGUGCCUUCUUUAGCGUGAAGAAACUGAAGGUGGAGCAAAGUUGCAACUGGGAUAUGACAGGGUACGGCACGCACAGCAAGGUCUACAGUCAGAACAGCAAGCAGAGCGUGUCUGCUGCCCCAGUGGCCCUUAACGCCACCUCUCUCCAGGUCUCCAACUCCUCCCUACCAUACGAGCAGGCUCUACUUUUCCCUGCCAGCUCUGGCCACAUUGUAGUAGCCUCGGCGAGUAGCACGUCUGGGGUGGCCGGCCAGCUUCUGGGUAGCACAGGUUGCAGUAGUGGCAGUGGCAGUGGAGGGCACAACCUGACGCGCCGCAGCACUGUGAGCUUGCUGGAUACAUACCAGCGAUGCGGGCUUAAGCGCAAGAGUGAGGAGUUAGACAACAACAACGGCAGCGGAAGCAGCGUGCACGUGGUGGAAGAGCUGCAGCAGCCUCCAGCAGCACCAAUGCUCCAGAACAAUGGCCAGAGUGGCCCAACAGGCACCGUGGCCACUGCCUCCACAACAGCCACAUCCAAGACCAGUGGCGCCAACAGUGAGGGGGACUAUCAGCUCCUGCAGCAUGAAGUUCUGUGCUCCAUGACCAACACAUAUGAGGUGCUGGAGUUCUUAGGCCGAGGGACCUUUGGGCAGGUGGUGAAGUGCUGGAAGCGUGGUACAAGUGAGAUUGUGGCCAUCAAGAUCCUGAAGAACCACCCAUCAUACGCGCGCCAGGGCCAGAUUGAGGUCAGCAUCCUGGCACGCCUUAGCACAGAGAGUGCGGAUGACUACAACUUUGUGCGGGCGUACGAGUGCUUUCAGCAUAAGAACCACACGUGCCUGGUCUUUGAGAUGUUGGAACAGAACCUGUACGACUUCCUCAAGCAGAACAAGUUCAGCCCACUGCCCCUCAAGUAUAUCCGGCCCAUUUUGCAGCAAGUGGCUACGGCGCUGAUGAAGCUGAAGAGUCUGGGGUUGAUUCAUGCCGACCUGAAGCCUGAGAACAUCAUGCUGGUGGAUCCUGCUCGGCAACCCUACAGAGUCAAAGUCAUUGACUUUGGCUCUGCAAGUCAUGUGUCCAAAGCUGUGUGCUCCACUUACCUCCAGUCCAGAUACUACAGAGCUCCAGAGAUCAUCCUUGGCCUGCCCUUCUGUGAGGCUAUAGACAUGUGGUCCUUGGGUUGCGUCAUCGCUGAGCUUUUCCUGGGCUGGCCACUUUACCCUGGAGCGUCUGAGUACGAUCAAAUUCGGUACAUUUCUCAAACACAGGGACUGCCGGCAGAGUAUCUGCUGAGUGCAGGAACGAAAACUACCAGGUUCUUCAACCGAGAAACCGAUUCUACCUAUCCACUGUGGAGAUUAAAGACACCAGAGGAUCAUGAGGGUGAGACAGGGAUCAAGUCUAAGGAGGCCCGCAAGUACAUUUUCAACUGCCUGGAUGAUAUGGCACAGGUGAAUGUGAGCACAGAGCUGGAGGGCAGUGACAUGCUGGCAGAGAAGGCAGACCGGAGAGAGUUCAUCGAUCUGCUGACCAAGAUGCUGACCAUCGACGCAGAUAAAAGGAUCACACCCAUUGAGACACUCAACCAUCCAUUUGUUACUAUGACUCACCUGCUGGACUUCCCCCACAGCACACACGUUAAAUCUUGCUUCCAGAACAUGGAGAUCUGUAAGCGCCGUGUGAACAUGUACGAUGCGGUCAACCAGAGCAAGACCCCGUUCAUCACACAUGUAGCCCCCAGCACUUCCACCAACCUCACCAUGACCUUUAACAACCAGCUCAACACUGUGCACAGCCAGGCCACCAACCUGGCUCCCUCCUCCACCAGUGCCACCCUUUCCCUUGCCAAUCCUGAUGUCUCCAUACUAAACUACCAAUCUGCACUCUACCAGCCUCCUGCAGCGCCCAUGGCUGCCGUGGCACCCAGGACCAUGCCCCUGCAGCCUGGCGCCCCUCAACUCUGCGCCACACGGCCUGACCCCUUCCAGCAGGCGCUCAUUGUUUGCCCACCCACCUUCCAAGGGUUGCAGGCGUCCCCCUCCAAGCACAGCGGCUACUCCGUACGAAUGGAGAAUGCUGUUCCCAUAGUGACUCAGGCCCCCGGCGGUCAACCCCUGCAGAUCCAACCUGGCCUUCUCACACAGCAGGCCUGGCCCUCUGGUACCCAGCAGAUCUUGUUACCCCCAGCAUGGCAGCAGCUAACCCAUACCUCUGUACAGCAUGCCACCGUCAUCCCAGACACCAUGAGCACCUCUCAGCCCCUGCCCAACUGGAGGAAUUCCCAUCCCCAUGGUAGCCAUUACAAUCCCAUCAUGCAACAGCCAGCCUUGCUUGCCAGUCAUGUGUCACUGCCUUCCCAGCAACCUUUGAAUGUGGGCGUGGCUCAUGUAAUGAGGCAGCCGUCAAACAACAGUUUGUCCUCCAAAAAGAGUAAGCCGCAGCAGAUGAGCAACAGGAACAUGUCGGCCUAUGAGGUGACCUCCUCCCAGACGGUGUUGUCACCUCAGCGUUCGAAGCGCGUGAAGGAGAACACACCUCCACGCUGUGCUGUGGUGCAAAACGGACUCUCUGCUCCCUGCCCCCCACCCCAGGCCUGUGGAGGAGGAGGAUGGGGAGAAGAGCAGGCCUCUAGCACAACACGAGAGCACCAUGGAUCACACAAUCAACAUCCGCAACACAACCAACACAACCCUACUCGGCAGACCAUCGUCAUCCCUGACACCCCGAGUCCGGCUGUCAGCAUCAUCACCAUCAGCAGCGACACAGACGAGGAGGAUGAGCACAAGCAGCCUAGUAACACCAGCACAUCAUCCAAGCAGCGCAAAAACGUCAUCAGCUGUGUCACUGUCCACGACUCCCCAGACUCUGAUUCCAGCAAUAACAGCCCCUACGCUUUGGAGUCCCGAACCAACGGCCUCAAUGCCAACAACUACAACUCUAAGGGAACAGUGCUGGAUGACUACAAUAACGGAAAUCCAAGAACCAUCAUCAUCCCUCCCCUGAAGAGCCAGACCAGCGAGAGCCUGAGCGAGUGUGAUGGACUUGUUCAUGACACAAUGAACCACCAGAAUCCUGCUUACAAGUUUAAAUCCUCCAAUGGAGGCCUGUCAGCUAACAAUCACUCAUCAGGGGGUGUUCCUGGAGGCGGAGCAUAUCGGCAGCAACGCUCUGGGCCACACCCUUUCCAGCAGCAGCCGCUCAAUCUCAGCCAGGCUCAGCAGCACAUGGUGGUCGAGAGAACUGGAGGACACAGGAGACAACAAGCUUAUAUCACACCUACAAUGACUGCUCAAGCUCCCUAUUCCUUUCACCACAAUAGUCCCUCGCACAGUGCUAAUGUGCACCCCCACCUAGCUGCCACUCACUUAUCUGGCCAACCCCAUCUUUACACGUACACCACUCCCGCUGCCCUGGGUUCCACCGGCACUGUGGCACAUCUGGUGGCAUCACAGGGUUCAGCUCACCACGCAGUCCAACACGCUGGCUACCCACCAAGCAUCGUGCACCAGGUACCUGUCAGCAUGGGCCACCGCGUGCUCCCAUCCCCCACGCUGCACCACGGCCAGUACCAGCCCCAGUUCGCACACCAAACGUACAUCAGCGCCUCUCCUGCCUCCACUGUCUACACUGGAUAUCCCUUGAGCCCCACCAAGAUGAACCAAUACCCGUAUCUCUAGACCUGAAAACACUGGAGCCGAGUCCAACGCUGCUUCCCGUCCUCUCCCCACUAAAGACAGAGUCAGUAAGACAAGCCCAAGCUUAACGGCCCCAAAACCCUUUCCCUGUCCUCGUAACGCUUAAACUUGAAGACAAUGAAGAUGCUGGUGGAGAAAGAAAGAGUACUACAGGAGGAAAGGGAUGAGCUUGAAAAGGAGUUUUUUUUAUGAAUUUGGCCAGUUCUGUUUCUUUUUGGGUUUUCUAAUAUUUUAAAAAAUAUUUUUUCCUUAAUUUCUUUUACAGCUUGGUCACAUUGCUGUUGGCAUAUUGGGAAAGACUGAGAGUUUGAUUAGCUCAUUUGUUAUUUUUUUUGGUUUCUUUGAUUUUUUUCUUUCACUGACUGUUGAGCUGAGGUCAUGUGGUGGAUGAGAACGUUAUAUAAGGUGAAAUACGGAUAUCUGCUGCUCUAUAAAGAAAAAAAAUUAUGAUGGCCUUGAACUGUCUUAAACAUUUCCGAAUCACUUGCGGUGAUGGGUGCUGUACGUACUCCACCAUUCUUUCCUAUAACAACAGCUGGAGGAAUCUUCUGGAAAAUGAGGAGAAAAAAAAGACAAAAGACUUUCUAGUGUAUUUAUCGAUUUUUUUUUUUUUGUUCUCGGUUUGUGUUCACUUUUAGAAAAUAAAGUUUUGUCAUAGAGUAGGACAUUUAGCUAGCCCCCCCCCCAACCCCCACCCCUUGCUCCUUCUUUUUAGAAUGUAGCAAACUACUCCUGCUUAUUUUAUGAAGAACCUUUCUGAUACCAAUAGAUUUCCUUUGUUUCUCCUCUUUAAAUGUGAUUGCACAACGUUGUUGUAAUAACAUAAGCAUGUAUAACAUAAUAGUCUGUGCACGUGUGUGCUGCUGUUGGCCAUGUGCGUGGUACACCUUCCUCUGCACCUUUGUGCGAUAUAUUCCUCCACGGUCUUAGGUUUAUCAUUGUUCCCUCGUAGUGCCUUACACAUAAUACAACAGUUUACUUGGCUGGAAAACCUUUUAGAACCAACAGAAACUAGGUUGACCGUUUGGCUUCUAGGUUGGACGACUUCGUCUGAGAUGUUAUGUUCUUACUUUCCAGGUGUAAGCAUAGUCCUAAAUGUAAUUAGUUGGAUAAUUAUACACGACACUAUUUCGUAAAACAACAGUGCUUCUUGUUUAGCAUGCAUGAGCUUAUUUAACAUUUAGACCAAGAUACUUCCUUGGAGUAAUGAACCAAAGUUGUCAUUCGGUAAAGAUUAGUAACGUUUUGUUACUGUAUUAUGUAUAGUAUGUUUACUGUAUAGCAUAGCUGUGUGUCUUAGGAACCUAUUCAGUGGCACUGAGCUUUUGUGUUGUUUUUUUUUUGUUAGAUCAGCAGAAUGGCGUGAAUUGGUGCAACCAACGCGCUAAACGUGAUUCGUUUUGAAUACCCGCUCUAAUGCGUUUGAUUAACCUUCAUAAAAAACCUAAGGUUAAGGGCAAAGUGUAUUAUCUGCUAAUGAGGUCCAGUUGCAGCACAUAUGGGAGGGAUUUCUAGAUGGAGGUCAGAAUAGCAGGAGUGUUAGCAGAGCGAACAGCAUCGAGCGGCUCCGGUGAGCCUGGUGCAGAAAUGAUGUUGAAACAGUGAACCUGUGAGGUCGAGGUAGGGACAGGACCGAUUAAGGUGCUAAAAGAUGGCACUGGAUGGAUUUUUUUCUUUUGAUGGGAAUUGUAGGGAGGAGAGAGAGGAAGACUAAAUUCCACAUCUUAAUGAGAAUAGCAUGUUGGCUUUGAGCAUGUCGGUAGGACCUGGAGGAGUCUGCGCUACUUGUGGCACUGCACGAAAAACGCACUACCUUCUGAACCAAACGUUUGUUGGUGAAAUCUGUGCUGGGGAUUUGUUUGUGUGCUUUGAAGGCUGUGGUUCUCAGCAUGAACCAACCGAAGGGAUUGUUCACCUGAAAGAGUUGCAGAAAUUUGUUGUUCCUCUUUGUCUUAAAUAAAGGAAGCACUUGUGCUAGAUCUCGCUUUAAGGGAAAUGGAUCACUGGUACGGGGAAGAAAUUAUGGGCCAACCGUUGAGUUUGCUUUUAUUUAUUAUUAUUAUUUUUUCUUUUUCCUGCCUGACAGCCUUAAUGUCAGCUUGUGUUUUCUCCAAUGAUUAAGUGAUUUGUCUCGAUGAGGGCACAUGCAUGUGAUUUUCCGAAUGCGUCUGAAUGCAUCCGCUCUCGUCUCAUGCCAUAGCCCUUGCAUUUGAAGUGGUUUUAUUUUUUGUUUUUGUUUUUUAAUAAUCAUGCUGUGUUAUAAAUAUGAUGUGUCAGUUAGAGAUACAUUUAGGUUAAUUGUCAAGAUUUUGUUAAAUAUCAUUAGGCUUUUCUUUAUUUGUAUCUGGUGGUAAUUAGUAAAAAGUAUUCUUAGGGGCGUCUAGUAAUCAGAAAGCAUUGAACAUUUUUAAUUCAUGAGCUUAUAUGUUAAUUUUUUUCCAUAGACUGUUAUUCGUUACGAGCUGAACGAUGUAGGAUGUCAGGAUGUCUGUUGAUUUUUAAGUUGUAUUUGACCCUGUAAGAGCCCACACUGGUUUCAGGCGCUGCGACAUGGAGGUUCCAGUGUUGAUUAGAAAUGCGUCUAACAUUCCAUAUUAGAAGGCGUCGUCUUGUCUCGCUGCACUGUCUGUAGUCUCUGGUCCUGUCUUACCUCACGUAGUCUGGAAAUGUCUGACUACACGGGGACUCGUUGUCAUUUCACACCUGUAAUUCUUCCCACCAAAGAAAUUCAGGGUGUUGACAAUGUGCAAAAUUGUCCGUCGGACGUAAAUAAGAUGACGGACAAAGAAAGAAAAAUCAGAUCGAUAUUUAGAAAUAUUCCACACCACAGCAUAUAGGAUAAAUCAUCCUUAACUUAAACUGAACUGUGCAUGCUGUCACAAGCUGCAUGGUGGUUUUCUUUGAAUCCUGUUGUACAGAUUUGUACAUUUCUUAGAUUAGAUUUUCAAUUCUAUAAGAAAAUACGACCACUUGUACUUCUUAUCUUACACUUUUUUUGUUACAAGAUCUUCAGCUUUACUAAUGUGAUUAUGAAGUGAGUUUGUGAAUCAGUUAACAAAUAGAAAUCAGUACUCCACAGUGACCUGAAUGAGAUAGCAGUGAUGGUCACUAGCACAAAAUGAAUGUACAAUGUGAGACUAAACAUCUCAUAUCUAUUUAUAUAUAUACACAUUAUAUAUAUAUAUAUACAAAACACUAUUAGUUGUUAUAAAACAGUGCCAUCUUUUUACUGUAAGUGUUCAUUUUUCCUAAAAAAAAAAAAAAAAAAGGAAAAAGGAUGCAAUAUGUCUCACAAGAACAACUUGGUUACUGUUUAUUUUUCAUUUUCUUUAGCUUAUUGCAUUUUAAAUGAAAUGAGAUGAGCUGGAAAGCCCUAUUAGCUCUACAAAGUUUUUUGAUAUGUAGGUUGCAGAAUAGAUCCAGUGACCUUAUUGUUACCAAAAUGUCUGAAAAUUUCCAUCUUUUUUAUGAGUGACAAUUUCGAACAAGACAAAUUGUAACUAUGAUUUUCUUUCCUUGAUCACCUUCUAGAAAUUCAUCCGCAUGUCAAAACACUGCCUUCCGAUCUAUGAACUCGAAGCUUUAAGCAAUACAAAAUGACACCUUUUUCUUCAUGGUAAUCAAAUCCGUAACAGUCGAACGUUCCCCUUCAGUGUGAAAAGCAUUUCCAGCUCCAGAUGUCCUCCUAGCUAAGGCUUUGAAGCGUUUUAAAUUCCAGACAAGCGAAAAUGCUGUUUAUUACCCUAAACAGUCUAAUCAGUGUACGAGCGCUUUGUGAAGCACACACUGUUGAACAUCAUCACAGGUGUUUUAUCACUUCCUUUUGGUGACAAGAGUGACAGCUCUUCAACCAUAUAAAAAAAAAAACACCUUUUUGUUAAGUGUUUGAAUUUUUUUUUUCAGGGCAUGGGUUAAAUCAGAACAGUCACGUGUCUAAGGAAGUCAUUAAUCUGCAUGUGCAAAUGUGCCAAGAGGCCAAACUAUAAAAAUGGGCAAUCUGUAUACUUUUCCAGAACCAAAAAAAAAAAAGGGAAAAAUCUUAAACCCUGACGUAUGGAGUUGAAUUUUUGGUCAGAUUCUCAUGACGGACUUAAGACCUGAUUAUCUAAACAGCUUGACAAGGGUCUUGCGUCACGUCUGUUGUAAAGUUGUCCUAGCGACAGUAAAUCCUGCUCGGUGCUGGAGACGCACUCGAUCAAAUGCAAAUCUGUCAGAUCCACCCUGACGAAAAGACAAUUUAUCACCAGUCACCGUGGUAAUCUGUUAUGUAGCUGUGAUGCACUGUAGCCAUGUGUGCAACCAUCUUUGACAUGAACUUUUUUUCUACUUGCACAGCAACAAGUCAAAUGUAAACUAAAUAUUUUUCUAUAAUAUCUCAAGACCUAAGAAAGCAUCGCACCCCGACCCUGAUUUUUGUGUCUAUUGCUGUAGGGUUUCUCAAUGGUGUAUCUCAUUAGUUGUUGUCAAAGCUGUUGUGUGCUGCAGUAUUUUCAAGUAUGUUACUUUGUUAAUGUCUUCUUUUUUAUUUAGCUUUCAUUAUUGGAGAUUUGAAGAAGUGUGACGUCUCAUUAUUCCGAUCUGUUAACGUAGCGCUGUGUGUACCCUGUACCUUAGACUAAUAUUAUUAAGUAUGUUAUGAGAAUGGAUAUUUUACUGGCUUUAUAGAAUGUUAAAAUUGAAUAUAAUAUUGAGAAUAAGAAGAAUGAUUUAACUCCAAAAAGUUGAGUACUUGCUAACUAAGCGCUUGUGUUACCAUUAAGAUGUUGUGUGCUUCUCUUAAUUUUCGUUGUAGAAAAAUUGAGUGAGUUUAUAUUAGGCUUCGACGACUAACGAUAGCAGUGUAAAUUUAUGGAGGAUUUUAACAAACAUCUGGGUUAUAGAAGAAUAUAGUUAUUUUAAUUGUUCUAUUUACUAACUGUAGGGUGAGACGGGGCUCGCAUUGUGGUGAACUAUGUUAUAGCUUGUUAUUCACUGUUACUUUUGAUCAUUUUUUCGGUCUCCAAGGUGAAUCGAGUUAUUAAUGAGAAUUUGUAUGCUCACAUAUGCAUAUUGUAUAUGUGUAGAAAUGUAAUCACACUUUGUCUUGGAUUUACAUUAAAAUGUCACAGCAUUAA